UCCGGAAGUGGUCUUCUGAAAACUAGCUAGCGCGUCAACUAGCUCAAGAUAUAAAAACGCUACCUAAUUAGCUGCGUAUUUGUCUUGUCUAAUAUAACCAUCUCUGUGAAUUCUAAACACAUCAGGCUAACUUUAUUUAGCUAGCUAAACCGAUUUCUAGAAUGAAGAAAUUAUGCUUUCCAAGUAACGUAUCAGUUCGCCAACAAUUUAACGUUAGCUUGAGGCCAGAUGAUGCGUGUCAUGAUGAAAGGGUGGUUUCAUGUUAGUAGCCAUCUAGCUACUUAGCUAAACUGCCUUCGACUGUUCAUUUUUAUUGUCAUGUAUGAAACUGUUCUGUAGCCAGCUAACGUUAGCCGUUUUUCUUGAAAACUAAAGUAACCGUUGAAUUAUAGCCAUGUUCACGGAUGAAACAUUGGAAACAGUGGGCGCAGAUUCGUUGUGGAGAAAGUCACGUCAGUUCGAACACGAUUCGAGAGGCUGUCAAACAACGGCAAUAGAGAAGGUUGAGACUGAAGCCCAGGUCGUCUGUUGCUCGGAAAGUGGCACCCAGACGGAUCCAGACGACCACCACAUGCACAGCCUUUUCUCGAGCCAUGAGCAUCGUCCAGACUCGCCCGGACUGAGGGAUUUUUUGCAUCGGGUCGAAGAUACAGUCAUCAGGGAGUUGACAAAGAAUGCAAAGAGCCACGCGUUCGACGGCUUCGAGGUGAACUGGGAGGAGCGGAAUCAAACGGUGUCAUGUGUACAUCGCCUGCAGCACAGCGAAGCUCAGGAGAGAGGCCUUCAGGUGACAAGCCUCACCUGGAGCAGCACAGGCUCCGUAAUCGCCUGUGCUUUUGGCAGGGUUGAUGACGGUGACUGGAGCACAGAGAAAUCCUUUGUGUGUACCUGGAACCUGGAUCGCAGGGGUCUGGAUGAGAAUCGUCCAGAUGUGGCAAUAGACGUCUCUGCAGCUGUGAUGUGUCUGGCCUUUCACCCAUUGCGCCCAUCUCUUAUAGCAGGGGGAUUGUACAGCGGGGAGGUGAUGGUCUGGGACACCAGUCGAACCCAGGACCCUGUGUUGGCUCAGACAGGCAUGUUGGCACAUACCCACAGGGAUCCUGUCUAUCAGGUGUGCUGGGUUCCAUGGGGUCGCAGAGGGGAGCUUGCAGUUCUGAGUGCCGGCACCGAGGGCAGAGUUCUGUUGUGGAACGUGGGUGUGGACGGGAAGCUGGGGCUCAGCGCGGGGUACGCCCUGGUCAAGCAGCAGGUGCCCCACAGCGGCACGCUUAGCAAGGCCAGAGGCAGCGGCUGUGUGGGCAUCACCUCACUGGCUCUCUCCCCCUGGGACCCAGACAUGUUCCUGGUGGGGUCUGAGGGAGGCCUGGUGCUCAAGUGCUCCUUCUCCACUCAGACUGUGGCAGCAGCUGAGAUUGCCACAACCUCAGAGGGAGAGAGUGUGACCCUCCUCGCCCCAGCACAGUUCUGCUUUUCCCCACGCUGCGGGCCCGUCCAUUCCCUGCACUGCUCCCCAUUCCACAGGAACCUGUUUCUGAGCGUUGGCACGGAUGGCCUGGCCCACCUCCACAGUCUGCUGCAGCCCGAGCCCCUGCUGUCGCUGCGGGUGUCCGACUCCUAUGUGUUUGGGGUGCGCUGGUCGCCCACGCGCCCGCUGCUCUUUGCUGCUGCCACAGGGCAAGGGUUGGUGCAGAUUUUUGACCUGGGACAGAGGUCCUUACGGCCAGCUGCUGUUAUCGAUCAGAACAUCAAGGGACAGCCUGUUUAUUGCCUGGAGUUCAACCCACGGCAAACCCAUCUCCUGGCCGCUGGAAAUGCAGAUGGCACGAUCAAUAUCUGGCAUCUGAGCGCAGAACUAACAGAGCAGGGGUCCAGAGAGGCUGCGCAGCUGGAGCAGCUGGCCAAUGAGCUGGCAGAGUGAGGUGAGCACCCUGAACAACUGGCCAAUGAGCUGACACAGAAAAGUGGGCAGGCUGCACAGCCAGCCAAUGAGCUGGCAAGUAAGGUGGGCAGGCAGUGCAGCUGGAGCAAAUGGUCAGUGAGCUUGCAGAUUGAAAUGAGGGUUGAUCUGUACAGAUGGCCAGUAAACAGUGACUGACUUGGUUACCCCACCUUCCUGUUUAACUAAAAAGCAUUAACCUAGAGCAAAAAUAAUCACAUAAUCAUGUUUUGUAUGGUGGCAAUGUAGAAUGCAGGACUUGUUACCAGAGUGUUAAUUCCCUGGGGUGGCGUGAAUUCAGUAAAUAUCUAGCUAUAUGAGUGGAUAACAUGUCUAUGUUACACAUUACACAGCUAAUGUGUUAGCUGUGUGAGGUACCUGAUUGCUGUCACUAGAAUGCAAUAAGUUGCUGUACAGUUGCACUAGCUUAACACUAAGUCAGCUUGGAAUGUGUCAUUGUUAUUGAAACAAUGAUCCAUCUCUACA